UAAAUCACUAAAACUUAUUCAAUACGAUUCUCUAAUUCUCUGAAGAAAUUUUCUGUCGCGAUUUMUUGUGCUUUUUUUCGGCUUUCGAUUUUYGAUUUCUCGAUUCGAUGAGGGAGGAACAGGGUGGAGGAACCAUGGUUGUGGAACGGCGGAGCGGAUUGAACAGGAAGCGAUUUGGCGCCUUUUUACGGUCCGAUUCGGCGAUGUUUUCUUGUAAUCCCGACGAAAACGAUUACUCUCCACGGCACAGCAAUGCCUCAGCCGCCGCGAGUCCGGUGCAUAAUUAUGACAAAUCGCCGGCGAGCAGUGACGCGUCGCCGUACGCGAUGUCGCCGUGGAAUCAGUCCGCUUCUCCGUAUUCGAGAUCUCCGUGGAUUAUUCCAYCGUACGACGAGGAUUUUUACGCCCACAAUGGCCUCAUCGGCUCUCUGGUGCGAGAGGAAGGGCACGUGUAUUCGCUGGCUGUGGCCGGAGACUUGCUGUACACCGGCUCCGAUAGCAGGAACAUUCGAGUGUGGAAGAAUUUAAAGGAGUUCACCGGAUUUAAAUCGCACAGUGGAUUGGUGAAGGCGAUAAUCCUGUGCGGGGAGAGGAUUUUCACCGGACAUCAAGACGGAAAGAUUCGGAUCUGGAAAGUUUCGCCGAAGAAUCCGAAAUCUCACAGCCGAAUCGGAAGCCUACCGACGCUGAAGGAAUUCGUGAAAAGCUCGAUGAAUCCGAAAAAUUACGUGAAGGUCCGGCGCCACCGCAACGUCCUCCGUAUAAAGCAUUUCGACGCCAUUUCGUCCAUGAGCCUGAACGAGGAAUUAGGGCUUUUGUACUCUGGAUCUUGGGACAAAACGUUGAAGGUCUGGCGAAUCGCGGAUUCGAAAUGCCUCGAAUCG